AUGCUAUGCCAAGAGUCCCAGCAAUCUAGCCUUCUGGCGAUGGAAUGGUUCUUUACAAUCGUAGCCAUUAUUGUCGUGUCGCUGCGACUGUACUGUAGAACAAAGUUCGGCAAAGGGUUCUAUUGGGACGACUAUACCUUCGUCGCGAGCGUUAUCAUCGGCCUCCCAGAUCCCUUUCUCGUCACCAAAUGGGUUCACACAGGUCUUGGAAAGCACAUCGAAUGUCUCGGUCCCGCCAGAGCUUAUGCAACGAUACAGUGGAGCAUCGCCGCGCAAGCCCAACACAUCGUCUGUCUCGGACUCGUCAAAGCCUCGCUGUGUCUUUGCGUCCUCCGUGUUAUCGAUAGGGUUGAAAGGCGCAUCGCUACUUUCCUCUGGGUCAACAUCGCGCUCGUGGGCGCUAUUCACGUCGCCCAGUUGGCUAUGUUGCUCGCGGAAUGUAGACCGUUGAACGCGUUGUGGGAUCCAAAGGUCAACGGGAGGUGUUACUCGCCGAAAACAGCUUACACCACUACCUACGUUGCUUUUAGCCUCGAUGCAUUUACCGAUCUCGUCUGUUCGGGGAUUCCCACCUUCGUGUUAUAUCGAAUGCAAAUGAAUACGAGGACUAAGGUUGCGCUGUGUGUUCUGAUGGGCUUGGGUGUAUUUACGGCAAUGUGCGCUGUCGCAAAGGCAAUCACACUGAAGGAGAUCUGGUCAAGGGACUUCACUUGGAAUGCAGUCAUCGUCGUCAAAUGGGCAUGUGCCGAGCAAGCCCUCAGCCUCAUCCUCGUCUCCCUCCCCAUCCUCCGCCCCCUCUUCCGCAACUUCUUCACUCUCACUAAAGCGGGUCGCUCCCCUCCGAAGGCACCAGCAAGGGGUAGUAGAUUCCAUCGGAUCCCACCGCCGAACCUUUUGUUGUUCAAGAGCACGAACGACAGCAGUAGUCUUCGCAAGGGGAAUAUUGCGCCCUACGCGUCUAUUCAGGUUUUAUACGCGGAUAGGAGACUGCCACAGAUGCCACUGGUGGCGCGCCAGGUCCAACCUCGAGUGGAGCUGGAACGUGAGUGUAAAAUCUGA